AUGAGACAUAUCCUGACAGGCUUGUUGCUCUCGAGCACGUUUGUUGCCUGUGCGUGGGCUGGGCAACCAACUCAUAUUUAUGGUGUUAAUUUGGGUUCAUGGUUAGUCCUAGAGCUAUGGAUGCUCCCUCAAGGGUGGGUGGAUAUGGGUGGACAAUUAUGUGGUUCAGAUUGUUCGACAUGCAUUUCAACCGAGUCGGCAUUUGCACAAGCGUAUCCUGACACUGUCAAUGUUACAUUCGCUCAACACUGGGAUACAUGGUUUACACAGAGUGAUGUCGACACAUUAAAGGCAGCCGGUAUUAACACUGUCCGCAUUCCUCUGGGAUACUGGAUUGUGGAGGAUUUAGUCAAUAGGCCGUAUGAAUUAUACCCUCAGGGCGGUCUUAACUAUUUGCGCCGGGGCUUGGGCUGGCUGCAAGACGCCGGGAUCCAAGUAAUCUUGGAUCAUCAUGCAUUGCCCGGAGUUCAAACGGCUCAGCAAAUGUUCACUGGAAAUUGCACUACUGAUGUUCAAUUCUACACUCCAUACAACUACCGGCGUGCACUGGUGUGGACGGCGGUCAUGACUACGCUUUCUCACCUGGACCCUAAUUUUGGAAAUGUUUUUUCGAUCGAAGCAGCCAAUGAGCCCAAUAAUGACGCGUCUCAAACACCUGGCUAUGGCACAUUCCAAGAGAACUUCGUUCAGACAGUCCGUGCCGUUGAACUCACACUCGGAAUCUCUGUGCCGUCGUCUAAUUUAUCGGUAUCGGUAUCAGCGUCCGUCUCGAACAACUUCACCGCUGCAUUGAAUGAAACAUCCUCGGCAACCAUCUUCCCAGCAGAGGUGCAAGCGGCACUUUCAGAAGCGGUUCCGAUUAUUAUGGGGAUUGGAGCAACAUACGGUUUGCAGACCAUAUUCGAAGCGUCACCCUUCAAACAGUCCGGUACUCCAUUGGUAACGAACUUCAUGGAUGUGAAUUGGCAGCACAACAACCCCUCUAACCCAGCUGAUGUUGCGAUUGGCCCCCAAGCUUACGACGACCACUUGUAUUAUUCGUCGGCUGUAUGUCGUGGAAAUGACCCGACAUCAUACAUGACCAGUAUCUGUAAUCUUGCAGAAAUCCAGACUGAUGCAGCACUCGGCAACUCUCCACUCUGGUUCGGAGAGUGGUCACUCGAUACACAGUUCAAUGCCACGGAUGAGUUCCUUUACCAAUGGGCUGACGCACAGAAGUUGGCCUACAGCAAAGGUGCUGGAUGGAUUUACUGGAACUUCAAGAUCGAGACAUCAAACCUUACCAACGGGAAUGCCCGUGCAAGGCAAUGGUCAUACCUUGAGGGGUUGGAACUCGGGUUCUUUACCCAGGACCCCGCGGCAUUCCACGAUCCAAACGUGUGUGCUCCAUACACGAACAGUACUUCGAACAACACUUCGACCAGCGUCUCGAACAGCACCUCGAAAGGCACCAGUUCAAGUGUGCCUAUAUCGAUUCCUACCACAGGUUAUCAACCACUCAUUUAUUUUAUGUUCUUAUUAUCGUCAUCAUUAAUAUUCCUUUAA